AGAGAGAGAGUGGAGGAGUUGACAGUUUUCACUUUGGAAAAGAGGCAUAUGAAACUGAGUCAAAAACCAGGAGCUGCCAAAAAGGAAGGUAAGGCGGGCCCAAACACUCUCACCAUUAACCAGUCAACGGUGUCAUAAUCACUAUGCUCUUUAAAAAUUGAAUCUUUAACACGUUCUUCUUUUCAUCUAAUCACACCACAUCAUCCCCAGAAAACAAAACCCAUCAAACAAAAUCCAAUCUUUGUUUUUCCCUUUUUAAUCCCUAUUGUUUUCUUCUUCUUCUUCAAAUUGGUCUUCGUUUCAUCACCCAAAACUCAAUCAACAGCAGCUGAACAAGCAUCAGAAACAGAAAGUGAAGGAAGAAAAAAAAUGUACCCAAAAGUGAAGGUGAGGGAACAGACAGACCAGGAUGAUGGUCAACAUGUGGUUGUUGAUUUUUGCUCAACAGUGAAGGAGUAUGAAGAAGAUAUUUCCCCACCCUCCAUAGCCAAAAUCCCAAAGUCUUACAUACCUAGUAGUAUACCAUUUUCUUUUGAUGAAGACAUAAUACCUAAUAUAGCUAUGCCAAAGGUUUCAGUUCUUAAAGGAGAAGAGAAAUAUAACAAUAUUGAUGAAGACUGUAAGCACAAUAUUAGAGCCAGUUCAAUACCUCGUCCAAGAGCUGUCUUAUCUAGUCCUGAUAAUGAUUUGGUGAUUGGGAACAAAAAUAGAUGCAAGAAAGAAAGAACACCAGCACUGAAGAAUCGUAACUUGACUCAAAAUAGGCAUGCAUUAUGUAAGAUAAUUCCAACAACCACUGAAGAUGUUAUAAACUCCAAAAAGUCCUGUGAAGAUCCAAAUGAAAGCAAAGGAAAGAAAGGAAAAGUAAUGUCAGGUCCAAAUCAAAGAAGACAAAUUAGAACUGGGAAACCAACUUCUAUGAGAUUUUGAGAGUGUCAUUUUUUCUGUUUCUAUUUUCCAUUUGACCUGUGUUUAUAAAUGAGUGACUAUACUGUUAUCAAUAGUUCUUGAAAUGGGCUAUGUUUUUGUUACACAUUGUAAUUGGCUUGGCUUUACACAUAAUGAGAAAGACAAAAAUCUCUUUCCAGAGAAGAAA